CAUAAAGAAAGUUGAAGCAGAAGUAUCUUAAGGCUCAGGCGACAUAAGAUGGGACCCAAAUAUUCGUGUAAUAAAAAAAAUGAUUCUUUCACCCGAACAGCCCCCUACAUACCUUCUUAACGGACCAAAUGAACGACAGCUUUCGAUCUUAUUCGGUCCACAUUAUACUUCUUUGAACGAUGGCUUCACAAAAAGACUCGAAGACGUAAACCGAUACCAAGACGAAAAAGAAACAGGAGAUAAAAGGCCGAUCUUAGAAUCACCAUCAGCUCCAGAACGUAAGUCAGUAUUAGUUGAAAUCAACGAGGACACGAGUGUCAAGAGCGAAGAAGAAAUGGACGAAGAAGCGACAAAAAAGGAGAAUGGAAACACAGAGCCGGUAACCAACAAGUCAGCAACGAACAAUAAGGACAAGAAGAAGAAGAAUAAGAAUAAGAAGAAGUGAAACGAGGAAAAG